AAAAGAGACUAAUAAAAAUGUAAUAAAACAAUUAAGGCUUCUUAAAAACAGUUGUUAUGAAAAACAACUUAGUAUGUUUGAAUGAAUAAAAAGGUUUAGUUUAUAUCCCUGGUAAUUAAAUUGACCCAGAUGCUGGAAAUAAUGGAUAAAUUUUUAAAGGUUAUAUUGGAUAUAACACUAAUUAAUAAUUAGAGUGUUGUGUCAAGAGGUUUUCAAUACCAACUUAUAAUGUAAUUUUAUAGAAUUAUAUUUAUAGAAAUAGCUAUUUGAUAAACUAAACUUAGAAUUAAUACUUGGGAGAUAAUUGAAUCAUAAAAACAUUGUAAAAUAUUACGAAUGUUCAACAAGUUAGAAUAAUUUUUACAUAUUUAUGGAAUAUUGUGAGUAAGGCUCUUUAGCUUAAAUGAUGAGUUUAGGUUAUGAGGAUGAAUUGAUGAGCACAAAACAAUUUCCCGAAGGUAAUAUAAUAAAAUGAAAUUAGACUGGUCAAUUGAGAUGAUGUCACAAAUAAUAGAUGCUCUAAUAUAUAUGAGAUAAUUAAGUUUCGAUGGUAGAUCAGGAGCAGUUCAUAGAGAUAUUAAGCCUGAUAAUAUCAUGUUUUCUAAUAAUGUUCCUAAAUUAAUAGAUUUUGGGAUGUCUAGGUUCAUGGAUUUAUCUAAUGUUACUCCCCACAAAGGAUCUCCAAUCUAUAUGUCUCCUUAAAAUUUAAAAUCUGAGAGAUAUGAUUUAGAAAAAAAUGAUGUUUGGGGAAUUGGAAUAAUCCUAUUUUAAUUGGUUGAAGGAGUCUAUCCUUGGAGAUCAGAAUUGUAAGAUAUCAGAGAUCUGAUCUGUGCUUAAGAAAAAUUAAAAUAAAAUAUAGUAUAUACUAAUAAAACAUCUCAAAAAUUAUAAGAUCUAAUAACUAAUAUGUUGAAAUAUGAUGAAAAGGAUAGGUAUGAUUGGGAAUAAGUCUUAAAUCAUGAAGUUAUGAAACCUUACUUUAAAUACAUUUUUGAAGAAAUCAAUGAAAUUAAAAGGCUUAUCUUAAAUUAUGAAUUGUAUGAAAAACUUAAAUCUAUAUUAAAAAUUAAUGAUUUAGAAAAAUAUGUAUUGGAUUUAACUUUAAACAAAAUACACAAAUUUAAAACUUAUAUAACACUAGAUACGUAAUUGGAUUAAAAAAUCAAAGAAUUAUACAUAAAAAGAAUUCUUUAAAAAAGAAAAUUUCAUACUUUCAAAAGAGAAAUACUUAUGAAAUCAAAACUUUAAAGAAAAUUAGUGAAACAUCUAGAAUUAAUGACCCUAGAAAAUGAGAAUGAUGCUUAGAUUUAGAGUUUAAGACCAUUUUGUUAAAUUAUAAUUUCCUUAUAUAAGGAAGACAUGAUAUUUGAUCAUCCAAUGUCAUUAACUGAAUUGUUAGAACUAGCGAAAAUUUGAAAUUAAAAAAAUAAGCUCAUAUUAAUAAUUAUUUUUUAUUUCAUUUGCUGCUUGGUCCAGGAACACAAUUUAGAACAUGAAUUCUAUCCCAAAUACCACAUG